AUGUCCAAGUUGCUCGAUGUUCCAUUUGGGCUUCUCGCCUUUGAUCAAUUCGUUGCUAUGAGUGGGGGACUUCUCUGUUUAUUAAGCCGGGCCAAUCUAACCUUGAGGACCAACAGGAGAACUGGGAUCCAGCGCCAUCACUGUCAAAACAUGAGCAGAAGUGGGGAAAUAUGGCCGAAAUGUACUGUGUACACCAAGAUGCUUUGUAUUAACCCGAGGAACUGUGUUUUGACAGGAAUAUUUCCUUCGAAGGACCAAGAGAAAUACCCUGCUUAUAUCCCCCAGGACCUCCUUUCAAACUUAGAACGCUCCACUGACAGCGGUGGACUAUGUGGUAGUCUUUGGAUUCGCACUUGGUAUGGCCACAAGAAUGACAAGGCCAGCCAAGAUGCGGCGGAUCUGGCUCACCAACGACUUUGGGAGGCAUCCAUUUAUGAAGAAGGGGACGACGAUCCACCAACCGAUGAUUUCGAUAACCCAAUAUCUGUGUUCGAUAAUAGAGAGGAGUUUGCCGCUCUUUAUACUCUUUACGGGGGCGGGGAUGAGGAUGAAGUAGAGGGUGAGAUAAAAAAUAGACUUUAUGUAGCUCCCGCUGAAGUGGUUCCUACCCCAUAUAUUGAUGCAUGUAUGGCUGGGUCCUGUAUCUCGCGAUUAAUCAUCGGGGCGAGAUUCUACCAUAUCGAACUAAAAACAAAGCUUGUUAUAUAG